AUGCUCCGAACGAACAACAACAUCGACACAUUCAGCCAACAUUCAUCGCUGCCGACAAACACAACAACAGCAGCAUUCAUAACAUUAAUCACCCUUCUCAACGCCACAACAACAACCGCAGCAAACUACAACGCAACCGCCAACAACUACAGCGCAACCGCCGACAACUACAACGCAACCGCCGAUAACUACAACAGUCCACCUGACAACGACACAACACUCAACUCGCUAGAUGAGAAAAUCCAUCAACUCUACCGAAACCGCAGCAUCCCAUUCAGCAUAAUGGCCGCGUUCGGCAUCUUCUUCAACAUCAUCAGCUUCAUCGCCAUCGUUAAGGUCAGAGGUCCCAGAACUGUCUACAACGUGUUUUUGGCAAACCUGGCUAUUGGAGAUACGGUGGGAGCUAUGUUGUUGUGGAUGUUUCACAACUCUCUCCUCAUCUUUCCAUCCUUCGAGGAGGAGUACGAUCAAGACGGUGGUGGGGGUGUGGUCAGUGUUAAGAUCUGCUUGUUUAAGUGUCUAGGUCUGCUGGUGCCCAUCCUGCUAGCGACAACAAACAGCAUACUCGCCCUCCUUCUCCUGGCCCUCAACCAGUUCAUCGCCAUCUGCUACCCUCUCCUGGCGCAAACUCGUUUCAUUCCGGAAAAAGCUUGGCUGGUUGUGCUGGUGACCUGGAUCGUGUCUUUCGUGGUGGCAACCACGCCUGCUGUCAUCAUUGGAACGUUGGCUAGUGUUAAUGGUUGCACGCUGUACAAAGACAGAACCAACCUACCAGUUGAGAUCAGUGUCUGUCUCCUGGCUGGGCUCGUCCUCGUUGUCGUUGUUCUCUACGCCAGAGUAUAUGCCGAGGUAGUCCUAUGUAGGAAGCGUAGCUUUAUGCUCUCAAAAUUUUCGACCAAAAGUUCUGACUCAGGCAAAAUAAUGACAUCAUCGUCGUCAUUUCAAAAACAACAACAACAACAACUUCGAAUGAACGUGGACAAUACUGACAAGCCACCCAAUGAAGUAGUUUGUAGCAACGACAGCAAAAGAGUUUUCAACAAAAAAGAGUUCAUAGGACUUCCAAAACGACAAAAAAAAUUCUCGGCGGGACAGCAAGUUCAGUUUCAACUGACGAAGCAUCUACCUCAGCGCCACUACGAAGCCUCGUCAGAAAGCAACUACAAAGCGUUCCUCACCACCUUGAUUCUCGCAGGAGCUCUCCUCCUCUUCUGGCUGCCCUACCUCAUCAUCAGCUCCAUCAACACCAACUACGCCACAGAAUUUUUAUUCAAAUUGAAAUUUUUCGUCUUAGACAUCCUGCCGAUGUUGACGUACUUAAGUGACCCAAUCAUAUACGGCGUUCGUAUCAGGAGCGUGCGCCUCAGCUACAGGAGAGUGUAUGGACCAGUUAUGAUGAAAAUAUGCUGUGGGUGGAGAUUGUUCUGCUGCUGCAACAAAAAAGACGGCAGAAGAAAAUACGUCUCCCCUAAAAACGAACUCAAUAUGGUAAACGCUAACGAAAUGGCGAGAAAUGGGAAUGAAAUAAGCCUGAGGAUGACCAGCAUGCAAGAUCUCAGUGCUGGCCAGUGA